AAGCUAUAAUACAACACUGCACGAUUUGCGUGUGACUAUUAUAAUAAAAUUUACGCUUUUUAAGUUAUAAGUUUAAGCACAAAUUAUGGCUGGAACUGCAAAUGCUGCGGCAAAGUCCGAGAUGAUUGAUCUCACCAAUCUCAGUCCGGACCAAUUAAUGCAAAUCAAGCAAGAGUUCGAGCAGGAAAUGACCAACAUACAGGAUUCGCUAUCCACUUUGCACAGCUGCAAAGCCAAAUACGCCGGCUCUAAAGAUGCCCUCGAAGCAUUUCAGCCGGAUUGGGAGAACCGUCAAAUACUCGUUCCUCUAACAAGCAGCAUGUAUGUGCCAGGUCGCAUAAAGGACUUGAACAACUUCGUCAUAGAUAUCGGCACCGGCUACUACAUCGAAAAGGAUCUGCAAGGCUCCAAGGAUUACUUCAAGCGACGCGUCGAGUAUGUCCAGGAACAGAUUGAAAAGAUCGAGAAGAUACAUUUGCAAAAGACGCGUUUCCUUAAUUCUGUGAUCGGUGUGCUGGAAAUGAAGCAGGCGGCAGCCCUAAAAAUGAUUCAGCAGCAACAGCAACAGCAGCAGGGCAAGCAGAGCGCCUAGACGAGCGCCAGGACAAAUUUGAUUAAAUUAUUGAACUUCUAAA